AUGAAUAGUAGGGGCCUCCUAAGACCGAGCCCUGAGGAACUCCAGAAAGGACUCGUAGACCAGUUGAAGUACAUCCGUCUAUUCCAACAAAUUGCUCUCUGCUCAGUAGAUAACUAUUCAUCCACUUUACAAUAUUCCAAUGCUCCUACAACCAGAGGCAAUACAUUUGCUCUUGCAUUUAUGAGAGAUAGUAAUGGACGAUCCGAGAUAACACUUUAUAUUACGACGGAACAAAAUGUAUCAAAUUUUACUAUCGAAACAAAGUUGCAUGGCCUAACAGGAUUCAACGAGACAUCACCUGACAGUGGAUUGUUCUCUCGUAUUGGCACAGCUCGGAGGGGGGAGUUCACAUUCAUUCAAUUGCAAGCUGCUGCAAACAUUAGCGGACUACCAGACUUAUCAGUACAGAGUAAUGGCAAUAAUGAUACAAGUGAUAGACAAAAGGGACUGAUCUUAACUGCAGAUAAUCAGAGUGAUGAGCUCACAGUAUAUGCUCUUAGCAGUACUAGAUCCUCAACUGGUACCUUCAUGGCUAUUAACUGUGUCGAGUUUCCAACGGCGAGAGACUACCAAUAUUUUAUAUUUUCAUUAUAUUAUAUUGGAAGUGAUAGUGGUAGCCAGUUUCUCAUGACACCCUGUCAAGAUAACACAACUAUUCAUGUUAGACCAUCACAACCAUACACUCAUCCCUCCUGGGUGAAUCCAAGUGUGCAGCGUACAACUCCGGGUACCUCUCAGGAAGAAGCUAUCUAUGGACGCCGUUUCAAUCGCUUUGAUACUCUGUUGCUUAUCAAUGAUGGUGAUUUGACCGGCACUAUCAUUACAUCUGACAAGCCAUUGUCUGUUUUCAGUGGCAUAAGUGACACUACUGAUUAUUGUGUGGAGCAAAUUCCAUCACACCCAACAUACGGCGAUUUAUUCUUUCUUUUAUCGAUUGAACCUUUUGGGGGGUCUAUGUUUCGAAUAGGCUCUAUCAGUGAUGAAGCUUUUAUACAAGUCAACUGCCCAUGUCGGCCAGGCUCUGUGAGUAAUAAUAGAGUGCCCCUUUCAGGUUCUGGGGCACUUUUCACUGCUGUUAUAAAUCGAGGCCAAUACGUUGAAUGUUUUUUUUUCACAACAACAUUUUGUAGCGUCCAGUCGACACGUCCAGUUACAGCUAUGAGUUACCACAGUAGAUUAGGAUACUCGAUGGUGUAUACACCACCUGUUGAUUCCUAUCUGACUCGGUACAGUCUCACAAGUCUGUCAGGUAAUGAUCCUGUGUCCUUGAGCUACACUCUCCAGGAUCUAAACUCUCCAGGAUUACUAGUCAAUGGAGAUGUAUUGACACCGUCUGAUGGUUUCACUAACAUCAAUUGUAGGUAG